UUGAUGAACAUGUAUGUCCGGAAUCUCAGACCAGCGACUUUCAAUUUUGGAAUAAAAGUCGUGAUAAUGAUGGUGAUUUAUUGGGUGAAGUGGAUCCUGAAGAAGACGAUAAAAAUUGGACAUACCCAGAAAAGAUAAUUUAUAUGCCGACUACUUACUUUAUUAAUGAUCAUAAACAAGGAUUCUAUGAUGAUAAUAUUUCUAAAGGAUUUUAUGAUGAGAGCAUUCCUGGAUGUAUACUUGCAAAAAAUCAUAUAUUAAGAUGGUUUUUUGAGGAGGAUCGUCGAUGGGAUAUGCGUAAACAACUUUUUCCAAAUUUAACUGAUGAUUGGGUUAUCUUUGCCAAUUUUAAUCAACUAUAUAAGAUUGAUCCGGUAAUUUUUAAAUUAUGGUUACGAAUUUUGGAAAGAGUACCGAAGUCUAUCUUGUGGAUACUAAACUUUCCAGAAGAGGGUGCAAAGAAUCUUUUAGAAACUGCAAAGCAAUGGGCGGGUCCAAAUAUUGCAAGUCACAUAUAUUUCACAGACGUAGCGGAUAAGAAACAACACGUUAUGAGAGGAAGAAUAGCCGAUUUGAUUCUUGAUACGCCACAAGUGAAUGCGCACACAACAGCAUGCGAUAUUCUCUGGUCUGGAACACCGAUGAUUACACUUUCAGGACCUGAACACAAGAUGUGUUCUAGAGUGGCUUCCUCUAUAUGUAACGCGACAGGAUUUGGUGAUAAAAUGGUGGUACCUGAUUAUCAGGCGUAUGAAGACAAAGCAGUAGAAUACGCAAAUUCAGUGGUAUAUAAAUACUGGUUUGGAUGUUUAUUACCGGGAGCACAACAACGUCUUCAUCGAAAUGGUUUCGGUGAAUUGAUUGAAUUGAGAAAAAAUAUAUAUUUAAACCGAGAAAACAUUCGUCUUUUUGAUACACAGCAAGCUGUUAAAGAGCUUGAAAAGGGAUAUGUUGAUGCGUGGGUUCGUUGGGUGAAUGAUAACGAACGUAACAUUCAUAUAAAGAGAUGA